ACGUCCGCAUCUCGUUAGCUUCCAUUGCUGAACAAAAAUAGAAAGAUUGUAUUUACUGAACGAGGAGCAGGCAGUUUAAAAGUGCAUAUCGUGUUUGAAAUAGAUACAAGUGAAAAGUUAAUAGAUUUAUUGUUUAGCUGAUACGCAGAGUUUCAGAGUAAUAAGGGAAAAACAGUGAGAGGUCCGGAGAAUGCUGACGACGGGAGCGGCCGUGACCAACGUCACGGCGCUGGCCCAGGUGGACCGGGAGAAGAUCUACCAGUGGAUCAAUGAGCUGUCCAGUCCGGAGACCAGGGAGAAUGCUCUGCUGGAGCUGAGCAAGAAGCGGGAGUCGGUUCCGGACCUCGCCCCGAUGCUCUGGCACUCCUUUGGCACCAUCGCCGCGCUGCUGCAGGAAAUAGUGAACAUCUACCCGUCCAUCAACCCUCCCACCCUCACCGCUCACCAGUCCAACAGGGUGUGCAAUGCGCUGGCGCUGCUGCAGUGCGUCGCCUCGCACCCUGAGACGCGGUCGGCGUUCCUGGCGGCUCACAUUCCCCUCUUCCUGUAUCCGUUCCUGCACACCGUCAGCAAAACGCGGCCCUUCGAGUACCUGCGCCUCACCAGCCUGGGGUCAUCGGUGCGUCUCUUCAGGAGCUCUGCUGGUUUACUUCCAUGUUUUCCAGCAGAUCAUUAAAUGUUUGUUUUUGUAGGAGCUUUGGUGAAAACAGACGAACAGGAAGUGAUCAACUUCCUCCUGACAACUGAAAUCAUCCCGCUGUGUCUGCGCAUCAUGGAGUCAGGGAGCGAACUCUCCAAAACGGUCGCGACCUUCAUCCUGCAGAAGAUCCUCCUGGACGACACCGGCUUGGCUUACAUCUGCCAGACCUACGAGCGUUUCUCCCAUGUGGCCAUGAUUCUGGGGAAGAUGGUGCUGCAGCUCUCCAAGGAGCCGUCGGCCCGGCUGCUGAAGCACGUUGUCCGCUGCUACCUGCGCCUCUCGGAUAACCUCAGAGCCAGAGAGGCGCUGCGUCAGUGUCUGCCGGACCAGCUGAAAGACAGCACCUUCGCCCAGGUUCUGAAGGACGACACCACCACCAAGCGCUGGCUCGCUCAGCUCGUCAAGAACCUGCAGGAGGGCCAGGUGACGGACGCCCGCGGCAUCCCGCUCGCCCCGCAGUGACGCCCCGACCGGCCGCCCGACAGGCCGCCCUGCUGCCGGCCGCCCUGGUGCUAGGACUGUCCUCGGCGCCGCUCACUGCAAACCGACCAGCGACCGACCGAGGGGUUUUUGUUUGGAUUACGAACUCUUGAAUUUCAGAAAUUGUAGAUUUUACUUUUACUGAGACAUAAUAUUUUUUCUGAACUGUUUGACAGUAAUGUUUAGGUGAAACAUUUCACAGAUUAAAGGAACAAACAGGAACUAAAUCCUGUGAAGCUUUGCAAAAAAUGAGAGAAUGUGAUGAUCACCAAUAACCUGAAGUUCAUGAUGACAUCACUUCCCUUUGAUGGUCUCCUGAGUUGCUGCUGAUGCUUCCCUCAGCAACCCGUCGCCUCCUGCAGCACGCUCCUGCAGCACGCUCCUGCAGCACGCUCCUGCAGCGUCUGAUGGGUGAACUGGGUUCUGUACCGUAGGCAGCAGCUUCUGUCCUGGCUGUACUCGUCCACUCAUUUGUACAGAGAUGAUUUCUUGGCCUCUGCGUGUUUCUAAAUAAACAUUUUUUCAACAUA